AUGUUACCUGUAAUGACGAUGGCGAUGCGUAUUCUUACACACCCUAAUCACUUAUUAGGCUCUUAUUCGGAUAAUGACAACACGGCACCAUCAUCAUUGUCGACCACAACACCGGCAACGCUAAUCCGAAGGCGACGAGGUUUAUUGUCCAGUAUUGCAAGUUCCCUUAAGAAAGUUGUCGCCGUGGCCGUAGCUGUUGUGAAAGCAGUUAUGAAAGAAGUGGUAGAAGAAGGAUUAAAAGCAUUUGGCCUCUACAACGCACUCAUAAAAAAAGAAAGCACCUUUGGAAAAGGACUGCAAUAUGGUGUAACUGACUUGAAGCUGUUUUCGGUAAUCAGUAAUAAGUAUACAGUUACCACCUCGUUAACAAUGUAUUGUGCAACAUGCAAUAUUUCUUUUGUCCCUGGUUUCGCAUUUGAAUUAAAAAUAACAGACGGAAAGCUGGAUACAGUAUUAUUAGCUAUUACGGGUAAACUGGACAUAAAUUUGAUUCUUAAAGCAGAAGCAAGUGGUUCAUAUUCCUAUUCAAACAGUUACACACCCAAAGGUCUCUCACAAACGCUGGGAAUUCUCUCAUUUGUAAUUGUAAUUAUUCCAGUUAAUAUACAACUUGGUGCAUCUUUAUCAAUCACGUUUGGUUUGAGUUUUAACACAGCUGCUUCUAUAACAACCGGUCUUAGUUAUUCAAAAUCAGCUAAACUUGGUGUCCAAUAUGCAAAUGGUAAAAUAGGUAGUUACAGUCAAUUUGAUCCUGCUACACACGAAUUUCACAAACCAACUGUGUCAGUGGAGUUGACAAGUUCACUACAACUUGGUUUUGCUGUAGCUGUUACACUAACAUUGGAAUUUGUUGCAAGUGGUUCGCUGAAUUUAAAUCCGUAUUUAUCGUAUGAUAUUACAGUUGGACAAAAUUCAGAAGACAAACAACGUUAUGAUGCUACUGGAGUUCUAUCAAUUCAUUUUGAUAUAACUGCGGAAGCAACAUUAGGAAUUGUCAUAAAAGGAGUUAGCAUUGGUCCGAAACUUACCUCACGCUCACUUACAUUGUAUGAAUUCGAAAAGGACCUUCUCUCAAGUGUAAUCUGUAAGUAUAUAAGUUGUAACAAAAAAGUGCUAAAUGUUUCGCGUUAUAUCGGCAGUGAUUCAGUAAGUCCGCAAAUAUUAUCAACAUUAGUUCCUGUGAAAGGCUCAAGUGCAAAUUCUGGAGUCAAGGCAAUAUCAUUAUCACCCAAUCAAGCUGAGUUCGCAUUUUCGACCAAUAGAAUCGAUUAUGAAGCUCCUACAUAG